AUGUAUACCCCGUGCAGCAAGUACGACGUGUUCUUGAGCUUUAGGGGCGAAACACGCAAGGGCAUCACGGACCACCUCUACUGUACAUUGAAAGACAACAAGUUCAAUGUCUUUCUGGACGAGGACGAAUUAACUAGAGGGGAUGCUAUAACAGAAAAACUGAAGCAAGCAAUCGAAGGGUCCAGACUUGCUGCCAUCAUGUUCUCAAAGGGGUAUGCGGAAUCCAGAUGGUGUCUUGAGGAGCUGGUGGAGAUCAUGGAGUGCAGAAGAACACUGGGUCAACUUGUUUUUCCGAUUUUCUACGAUGUUGAUCCUUCAGAUGUCAGGCAUCAGACUGGUAGCUUUGCAACGGCGUUUAAGAAUCAUAAACAAAAGUUCAACGAAGGAGUGGUCCGAUCGUGGAGAAAUGCUCUUAAUACAGCUGCAGGGUUGAGCGGCGAGGAUUUUCGAGUGACUGACGGGUAA